GCUACUGGAUCAAGUGCGUCUCUUCCGUGCGUGUUCCCGGCGUGUUUUCUCCGACAGAUCCCGGAGUUCGCUCGAACGCUUCGUUCCCAGAAAAGGAUACACGCAUGCUGGAUGGAUCGCCGUCUUUGUCAGGGAUUCGCUGAUUGGUUGACGGUAUUUAAUAUCAUAGCCAAAAACAUUGACCUCGCGUAUUUUACGAAUUAAAAGAAAAAUAAAUGAUUCGCAAUCAUUUUAAAUUUCAUCGUUUAAAUUCAUUAAUAAAAUCAAAGUAUUUCCUGGAAGUUGCGCACCGGCUGUAUCGUUUUUAUUGUUACAUAUCUGACGAGAAAUGUUUUUAGUUCAGGUUAUUGUUGUAGAAAGAGAUAGAAAUCCAUCCAGGAAUAUACAUAUCUCCUUCUAAUUCUGACCCCGAUUUGCUGUAGACCAAUAUGGGAAAGAGGAAAGAGAUUCGCUCCUAUUCUAUAGAGCUCGAUGCUUUCGCGUUUUCCCUCUCUUCUUUCUCUCUUUCUUUCUUUCUUCUUUUCUCCUCUUCUCCUUUUAGCACCUCCAAUGUUUGGUGUACAGGGUGCUUGAUAGCGUUAGAUGAAAUUGAAACGAAAUGUAAUUACAUAAACAGAUAACAUCCAGAGAGAACGAUUAGCCGGUGUUUCUCGUGAGAUUAUUAAUUGACAUUGUGUCGAAAAAAUCAGGUAUCUUUAGCUAAAAAUAUCGAAACGAAAAUAAAACUCCAGGCAUCCAUGUCCAUGCACUUGACAGCUGUAAAAUGUCAAUAAAGAUUUGACGCAUUAAUAAACGGAAUCUGACGAGAACAUCUCGAAACGAUGGAUCUGGCCAAGUCAUUCUUUAAUGUUCGCGAUCACGAUGGUUAUGUCGGGAAAGAGGAACAUAACAAAAAAUUGGAAACUGCUAUUUCUGAAGAUGAGGUGGAAGUAGAGAUUGAAGGUUUAUGCGGUGAAACUCUGUCGCCGGCACCAGGUGGUCCAUUUUCAGCAUUAACUCCAUCCAUGUGGCCACAAGAUAUUUUAGUUAAAUUGAAUCAACCCGAUGAUCCAAAUUCGCAACCUGAAUAUAGAUUCGAUGAAUUUGGUUUUCGUGUGGAGGAAGAAGAUGGUCCUGAGCAGAGUUCAAAGAAGUUAUUAGGAAUACCAUUUGUGGAAGAUCCUCAACACAGAUUGCAGUGGGUUGCUCUCUUAGAAUUUAGCCAUAAUAAAGAAGUAGCAGAACUCUCUUGGCAAAAUAUGGAUCAGAGAUUACCGCGUACGGAUAAAUUACGUGAAAUGGUUCGGCAUGGGAUACCUCAUUCUCUGAGACCUCAAAUUUGGAUGCGCAUGUCAGGAGCACUUCAGAAAAAAUGUUCAUCGGAAAUACUGUACAAAGAUAUAGUAAAAGCCUCAAGUAUUGAUACUUUAAUGACCAAUAAACAAAUAGAGAAAGAUCUCCUUCGUAUUAUGCCAGCCAAUGCAUGUUUCAGUCACCUCCAUAGUACCGGUAUACCCCGUUUGAGACGUGUUAUGCGUGCCUUAGCUUGGUUGUAUCCUGAUAUUGGUUAUUGCCAAGGCACGGGUACAAUGGCAGCGUCAUUAUUAUUGCUUUUGGAAGAAGAUGAUGCAUUUUGGAUGAUGGCAACAAUAGUAGAAGAUUUGUUACCAGCUUCUUAUUAUUCUUCAACAUUAUUAGGUAUUCAAGCUGACCAAAAGGUGCUUCGCACAUUAGUAACUAAUUAUCUUCCUGAUAUAGAUCAUGUUUUGGCACUACACGACAUAGAAUUAAGUCUCAUAUCUUUGCACUGGUUUCUGACUUUAUUUGCAUCAGUUGUACACAUGAAAAUAUUACUACGAAUAUGGGAUAUGUUUCUUUUUGAUGGAUCUAUAGUUUUAUUUCAAAUUACACUUGGAAUGUUAAAAAUAAAAGAGACAGAUUUAAAACAAUUGGAAAACUCUGCACAAAUAUUUAAUGCUCUCUCAGAUAUACCAGGUGACAUUGACGAUGUGGACCAAUUAUUUAAUGUAUCUUUAGAAGUUAGUGGGUCACUAACAGAUGUAUUAGUUGAAACUCAUAGACGUCGUCAUUUAGCGUAUUUAAUGGCUGAUCAAGGUGGAUUAGUAGGAAAUCCCGAUGCAGUACCAAAUUUACCGAAACAACAUUUGAAUAGACGUCAAAUGAAGCGAAGUAAAUCAAUGUUACAAACAAUUUUGUUUGGAAAUGAUGAUGGUGAAGAUGAUGCAAAGUCUAAGAAUAUUCGUCAAACAGAAAUUCUAGUCGAUUUGAGAGAAGCUGUUUUACAAGUUGCAAGACAUUUUAUAAAUGUGGAUCCAAAAUUAAAUAAUAUUGUUCUCAUAGCAGAUUAUACUAUGGAAAGUCACGCAAAAGAUCAUGAUAAUUAUGUCAAUGUAUCACGGACACGAAAAAGAAGAGCCAAAGCUUUAUUAGAUUUCGAGAGACACGAUGACGAUGAGCUCGGUUUUCGAAAGAAUGAUAUAAUAACAAUCAUUAGUCAAAAAGAUGAACAUUGUUGGGUAGGAGAACUCAAUGGAUUAAGAGGAUGGUUUCCUGCAAAAUUUGUAGAAUUGCUAGAUGAACGAAGUAAACAAUAUACAUGCGCCGGAGAUGAUACUGUUAGCGAAGCUGUUACCGAUUUAGUAAGAGGUACAUUGUGUCCCACCGUAAAGGCAGUAUUAGAGCAUGGAAUGAAAAGACCGUCAUUUUUGGGUGGACCGUGUCAUCCAUGGUUAUUUAUAGAAGAAGCCUCUAACAGAGAAGUGGAAAAAGACUUCAAUUCUGUUUAUAGUCGAUUGGUAUUGUGCAAAACAUAUAGAUUAGAUGAAGAUGGUAAAGUUCUGACACCAGAAGAGUUAUUAUAUCGUUGCGUUCAAUCUGUAAACCUAACACAUGAUAAUGCACAUGCUCAGAUGGACGUAAAAUUACGCUCUCUUAUCUGUCUUGGAUUGAAUGAACAAGUGCUUCAUUUAUGGUUAGAGGUCUUAUGUUCCUGCGUAGAAGUGGUACAAAAAUGGUAUCAUCCAUGGAGUUUCAUAAAUAGUCCAGGUUGGGUGCAAAUUAAGUGUGAAUUAAGAAUUCUAAGCCAAUUUGCAUUUAAUUUGAACCCCGACUGGGAAUUACCGCCCAAAAAGGAACAAUCGCAACCUUUAAAAGAUGGGGUUCGUGAUAUGCUAGUCAAACAUCAUUUAUUUAGUUGGGAUCUUUAGCAUAUAAUUAAUACAAUUCUUUUAAUGAAGUAUCUUCAGCUAAAAAUGUGAAUUGUUUUCAUAUUUGUUAUUAGAUAUAUUUAAAAGCUAUUUUAUGAAUUACACAUACAAUUCAUUAAUAUGUUUACAUAUUUUUUUCUGAUAAAUUUUAACAACUUCUCUUUUACUCUCUUACACUCUUACUCUCUUACACUAAUUUUUUUAUUUUAUUAAUCUCACAAUCUUUGGAUAUACGAAAAGUUCUUUAAUAAUUAAU